CUUUCUCUCACUCUCUCUUACUCUUGUCUCAGCACCACCCACCAUCUGUAAACUUCUCGCAUCCUUUGGUCAUCGUCCCGGUGGAUUGGUCCGCAAAAGGAAUAUGAGCUGAUCAAUUAGUUCAGCAGAGGGAGCCAUUCUAGGUUCGCACCAGUGACUGAUACCCGUUUCGGGACGUAGUGCGUCCCAUUUGGAUGGAUCAAUCAGUUUCCUUGCGGCGGUGGGGGUUUUUUUUAAGGGAAGAAGAAGAGCCGGAGGGGGAUUCAAGGAACACGAAGAUGAACAAUGAAGGAAAGGGGGUGGUAGAAAUUAACCAUGCAAACAAUCAUGCUUUGUGUUUUCUUCUUUUUUCCUUCUUCGUUUCCUUCUUUUGUUACUGUUCUGUUGCUGCUGCUGUCGUUGUCAGGUAUUGAAUUAGGCUCAGCCUACCAAUCUAUUUGUGACCAAAACACACAACAUCCCCCUACGUUUUAACCUAAACAAUUG